UAGGAAUUUGUGCGAAGGAACGAGGCAGGCGGCUAGCCUUCCGAACAGGGCACGUUGCUGAUUUUCCAUAGAAACGUGCCUUUGGGGGUCAAAACCCGAAAAUCACCGCUUCGUAGGUUGUCUCCUACCUCCACCUCGGGAGCGCCCUCUCCCAUUUUCCCCUCGACGUUGACAGCAUGGCUGCUCGUGGAGGAAACCCCUUCUCGCAACGCACCGUGCAGCCUGCCCAGGGCUCUCUCACGACGCAGGAGUCGACGUCGGUGCAGGUCUCCGCAUCAUCGCGCAAGCGCAAGCCGAGACCGGAUGCACUGAGCGACGACAGCGUCGACGAAGGGCAGGUGCGGACCCGGCAAUGCGGUCGUCGCAUGCCGCAUUUUGUUCAUCCGUACAAGAGCGCGCGUGAUAUUGUCGACGAGGAGUACCUUGCUCGGCAACGGCUCCGUGAGCUGGAUGCUGAGGAGGCGGAAAAUGACGAAGACGAGCCGACGGAGCAGGAGAUCAACGACAUGAGCUCGGACGAGCGGGAGGCAUUGGCGGCUGAGUGGGAGCGUCAGCAGCACGAGAAGAAGCUUGCUCGUCGACCAGCGGAACGUGCCCAUGAUACGUAUGAGGCGUUGAGGAAGAUCGUCGGCCCGGCAGUCCUGGACGAGAAGCAGCACACUCCCGGCUCGGACAGCACGAACGACUUUUACGCCGAGCUGGAUCAAGGUGCAUGCGACGCUCGGUGCCACGACACCGCGAAAAUGACUCCUAUCGUCGGUGCACUCGUCAACGCUCUGGUCACCGACGACGACGAGAAGGUAUCCGAGCAGCCUGGCGCCGCCAAUCGGAGCGAGAGAGGGCUUCAGCAUAACAUCACCGGUUACCUCAUGUCCUGCAUCCAGAAGGACUUUUCGAACCCUGAGACGAAGGACGCGAUGCGGCAGGGCAAGGAGGACUGGGCGGAGACCUGCUUCGUCCGCGUGCUCUACCCGCAGGAUGGUUACGACGUCGACGCCGUCCGCAAGAACUUCACGCAGUCCCCUCAGAUGGUCGCGGCAUUCAAGACCCUCUUCUGUUCGCCCACCGAAGCGCGGGCUUACAUCACUGCUGACGAGAAUGGCCCGUCCCCUCGCAAGCGACGCAAGGUCGAUGUGAGAGGAGGACCAAAGCGCAAGAGUCUCGCUGCGAAGAUGUCCAUGGAGAAGGUCGAGCCUCGCUGCAUUGCGUACACCGCUUGUCAGCUGCACUUCGCGCUCACCGAUGCCAAGGACUGGACCACUGUUUACGACGGCUUCAACUACGCAUUCUUUUACGACUUCAUCGUGGAUUUCUUCGAAGGCCCCCAGAAGACCAAGUCACGCCGUCAGAAUGUCGAGGAUAUCCUCGACUGGUGGAACGAGCAAAUCUUCCCUCGGGGCCACUGCCGUGCACGUCGCGGCGGUGACAUGAUCUCCAAGUCCGCCGCUCUUCUGGACGAGCAAGAUUGAGCACACCACGGUCCUUCCCCUACGAUAAGCAUCCUUACGAACCACCCCCACUCUCUGAGCAUCGUUCCGGUACAUUCUACCACACUGUCGGAUCAUUACAUUCAUUCCCACUUCGUUCUCUCCCUCAUAAGUACACGUAUCAUGCUUUCCCUAAUGCUGAAUAAUAACCACCAUUGUUGAUGCUGUAUAACGUGGAGUGUCCCUCAAGAGUGUGAAGUUCGUGUG